AUGGCGUCUCAUGGUGAGGAAUCCUUGUUCCUCGCGCUGACCACGGCGACUUCGCUCGCAUUCAUUCUCCUUGGCUCAUAUCGGCUGUGGAUUCUCCGCCAUGAGAAGACCAAGGUAGAGCCGAACUGGCUCGCCGUCUUGAAACCCGUUGCAGCGUUGGUUGCAUCCGCCGGCUUGGUCUGGCUGUCCAUCGCAGAGCACAAGCGUUCCAUUCGCCCGUCUGAUCUCAUCGUGCUCUAUCUGUUGCUCACUGUUGUCUUUGACACUUUCGCAUUGACGUAUCCCGGCUUCUCCGACGUUCGCAAUGGCGGCCGAAAUCAUGCGUUCCUGGUGGCCGAGGUUGCCUCUCGAGCUGCCAUCUUGGUUCUCGAGUCCCAGGAGAAGACAUCCAUCCUGAGAUCGGAAUACAGCAGGUCUUCUCCGGAAGAAACGACUGGAUUGAUCAGCUCUAUGCUUUUUGGGUGGCUUAUUGGGCUGCUGAGUCGAGGCAACCGAAGUAUCCUUCGUGGGAGCCAUCUGCCGCCUCUGGACAGUGAGCUGGAGGCAGAGGGCCUGCGACGGAAGAUUCUAAAGGCAUGGGAGCACAGAUUCUUGCUGCGGUGUCUGGCAGGCCCCUUCUUCGCUGCCACUUUGCCACGUUUGGGCCUGGUCAUAUUCAGAUGUGGCCAGCCCAUUCUUAUUGAACAGGCUGUUCGAUUUGUCCAAGGAUACACCAAGGGAGACGAUGCCAGCGAAGGAUAUUGGCUGGUCGUGGCGGCGGCCUUUGUCUACUUGGGCCAGACUUUCUCGCAUGCCAGAUAUUUCCACCUUACCAACAGGCUUGAACUGAUGACGCGUGCGUCCCUCACGACGUUAAUCUACAACAAGGCGUUGCACAUUGGCUCGCAUGCCGCCGAGACGGGCAAAGUGAUUACCAUCAUGAGCACCGACGUGGACGGCGCAGUCGAGGCGGGAAGGAUGGUCCACGAAGCCUGGGCAAAGCUGUUUGAGCUCGUCCUCGGCGUCGUUCUUCUGGUUCGCCAAGUGAAAUGGCUUGCUCCUCUACCCUUCAUCAUCAUCGUCUUUUGCUCGCAGGUGAGCCGCUAUGUUGCGAAAAACAUUCGGGUGCGACAAAAGGGCUGGAACAUGGCUACUCAGCGGCGGAUAUCCGUUCUGAGCUCGGUUCUUGGGUCGAUGAAGAGCGUCAAGGCUCUGGGUGUGUCGGGAGCAAUCAUGAACUAUGUCGAUCAGCUUCGGGAAGACGAGAUCAAGGCUUCAAAAAACGUUCGCUUCAUGAAUGCGGUUUACAACGCAAGCGCGAACGCGCUUGGGAUUUUUGCGCCUGUGGCCACCAUCGUGGUCUACGCUGCCGUUGCUCGUCUUCACGGCUCCCAGCUGAACGUCAGCACCGCCUUCACGACAGUUGCCAUCUUGGCACUCGUCACGGAGCCCGCAAACAUGAUCAUGACAAUCGUGCCCAAUGCCGUGGCAACCUCGGCCAACUUUGAGAGGAUCCAAGCGUAUCUGCUUGAGCCGCCGCGUACAGACAAACGCCGUGUGACAGCUCCUCCCUCAGAUGCGCCGAGAACCCAUUCGACAGGCGCUGCUGUGCGCCUCGACGGCGUGACUGUAGACUCUCCAACGACAAAGGAUACUCUUUUGCAUGAUGUCAACUUGGUGCUUCUUCGGGGAUCUGUAACGACAUGCUCCGGCCCCGUUGGAAGCGGCAAAUCAAUCCUUGCCAAGGUGAUACUGGGCGAGAUUCCGCCCUCUGAGGGCACCGUUACGGUUUCUUCCGUGUCUAUCGGGUACUGCGAUCAGCAGGCCUGGCUGCCAACAGGUACCGUUAAGCAGAUUGUAGGUGGCUUUUCAACGGUCGUUGAUAAGGAGAGAUAUGAUGCUGCUAUCACUGCUUGUUGUCUGGACCAUGAUUUGGCAGGUUUUCCCGAUGGCGACGAGACUGUUGUUGGCAGUCGGGGUAUCAACCUUUCAGGAGGUCAAAGGCAGAGACUGGCACUUGCGCGCUUGGUAUACUCCCUUCACGAUAUUGUGGUGCUGGACGAUCCUUUCAGUGGCUUGGAUGGCAAUACUGAGAACACCGUGGUUGAUAACCUGCUUGGGCCGAAUGGCUGGUUCAAAAAGAACAACACUGCCGUCUUUCUAGUCACGAAUUCUGCCCAGCAUUUCCACGUCGCAGACGAAAUCUUGGUCCUCGAAAAGGGUCGCAUUGCCACGCGAGGAUCGUGGGACGAGCUCAAAUCCUCCUUAUCCGAACUAACAAAGUUCACCUUUGCACAAGAAACGAAGAAGCCAGAGGCUGUUGCAAAGGCCGUGAAAGGAAAAGUGCAGGCAACGGCGGACGCCGAGGAAGAUUUAUAUCGAAAGACGGGAGACUUUUCGCUUUAUUCAUAUUAUCUCAAGUCCGCCGGCACCUUCAACGUGGUUAUGCUGCUUAUAUGCACGGCCUCGUACUCCUUUGGCAUGUUCUUCCCACAGUACCUGUUGAAGUGGUGGACGGAAGGGCCUCCGGAUAAGUCGUCUUAUUACAUGGCUGGCUAUAUCGCGCUGGCAGUUCUAGCUUGGGUGGCAACGAAUGGUAGCACAUGGAGUACAAACAUAAUGAUAGCCCCGAGAUCUGGCGCUUUGCUGCACAAGUCUCUUCUUCGAACUAUAUUUGGCGCACCACUUUUGUUCUUCACCACUACGGACAUUGGCGUCAUCCUGAACAGGUUCAGUCAGGAUAUAUCCUAUGUGGACAGGCAGCUUCCCUUUGCCCUGAUCACGGUUUCUACCCAAAUGUUCAAAAUGCUAUUUCAGCUCGUGCUCAUCCUCAAUAUCCAGAGAUGGCUAACUGUCUGCCUCCCCAUCUGCGUCGUUGCCGUUUAUCUCAUUCAGAGAAUCUACCUUCGGACGUCCCGCCAGCUGCGAGUCCUCGAACUAGAGUACCAGUCUUCACUAUACCAGUGGUUCCUGGAAACGGCAGAAGGCGUCGUCACGAUACGGUCUUUUGGCUGGUCCUCUGCAGCCGAGAAGAAGAACAUUGAGGCGCUCGACUGGGCCCUCCGACCGCGAUAUGCGCUCAUGUGCGUGCAGCGGUGGCUCAGUCUGAUACUCAACCUGAUCGUCAAUGGCAUUGCGAUUGGGCUGAUUGUUCUCGCUGUGAGAUGGAGAGGGACGACGACGGGAGGAGAUAUCGGUGCUGCGCUCAACCUCAUUUUGGCUGCGAAUGCGACGCUGGUGAGAUUGGUUGAGUCGUGGGCGUCCUUGGAGGUGUCCCUUGGUGCCAUUGCGCGACUUCGGAACGUGGAGAGGUAUACCCCCCAGGAGGAUCGACCGGAGGAGGACCUCGUGACGCAUGCCGGGUGGCCGACCAAGGGAGAAGUGCAAAUAGCCCAUCUCGAUGCGGGAUACAGCCCUGAGCAUCAGAUUCUGCACGACGUCAACAUCGACAUCAAGGCUGACCAGAAGCUCGUCCUAAUAGGUCGAACUGGCAGCGGGAAGAGCACGAUUGUUGCUGCUUUGCUGCGCUUGAUCGACAGCACUGGAGUGCUCAAGGUGGACGGGCAAGACCUGCUUCGUACUCCCAGGUCGGUUGUGCGGCAGAAAUGCUUCAUCACCAUCACCCAGGAACCGUUCUUUAUACCGCAAGCCACGCUGCGUUUCAACCUGGAUCCCCAUUCCGCUGUGUCGGAUGAAGUCCUCCAAGACGCCCUGGAAAGGGUCAACGUCUGGCCCUUGCUCUCGACCAAGAGUGACAGCACGGCAGCAGACGUCUUGAACAGCGAACUCUCUGCGUUGCCCGCCCUGUCAGUGGGACAGAGCCAGCUGCUCGCCUUGGCUCGUGCCAUCGUUCGUAAACAUGCCUUGGCUGCUGAAGCGGACUAUCCCGGGGCUGAUGCGCGCAAGCCGAUUCUUCUGCUGGAUGAGGCUACUUCGUCGCUGGACUCGGAAAUGGAGGAGUAUUUUUACACGAUUAUGGAGGGCGAGUUCAGACGGCAUGGAUAUACGGCUGUUAUUGUGGCGCAUAGGCUGCUUGCGGUUCUGGGCAGGUGGAGGCCCGGGCAUGAUAAGAUUGCUUGGGUUGAGGAUGGGAGGGUUCCCCUGGUAGGGGACUAUGAGGAGGUUAUCGAACAUUUGAGGAGCAAAUGA